AUGAUUAAUAAAUUCAUUGUGUUACUUUUGAGCUUUGCAUUCUUGCUCGGACAGAUUCUAUGUGAUGGAUUCUUCCCGGAAAAGGUAUGGGAAAACCUCGAGUAUCAAAAACUGAUCGAUGUCAAGCAUGCUCAUAUCAAUGAGGCACUGGAGCUCAGUAUCCGAAACAUCGGUAAUGGCCCUGCUGAAGAGUACUAUUUGGCUUUGCCUAAGGAAGUAUAUGAUAAAAUUUCGAUGUUCGCAGUACAGUUAUCUGAUAAACACGUUUUCGUCAAUUCCUCGUUGUUUCCAGCCACCUCUGAUAUGGAUGAUGGUAGCCAAAUUGGUUACGGUCUUAUAAAACUUCCUAGUCCCGUGGCUGCCGGCGCUAAGGUAGCUCUCAGUGUUAGAAUCUCGCAUAACAGACAUGGAGUUCCUUAUCCAGAGCACAUUGCUAUCAAGGAUGAACAAAACUUACUACUCAGCACUUCAAGAUUGCCCCUUUCAGCGUACUCUACGCAGAAGGGGAAUUUGAGAGUAAUUGGUAGUCCUAAGUUCAGCGAGCUGGAUGAGUCUGACGACAGUUCAUUAAAAGGGGAAGAAAGUAAAGAAGGUCUCACUUUUGGUCCAUGGGAUAAUAUCAAACCUUUUGAAACCGCUAAUACUUUGAGCUUGAUCUACUCUCAUAAUAUUCCUGUCAUCGAAGCCACACAGCUUAACAGAGACGUUUGGAUUUCUCAUUGGGCAUCUACGAUCCAAUUUGAAGAAUACUACGAGUUGAUCAACCGCUCUGCCAAACUGAAUAAGGGGUUCUCAAGAUUUGAGUUGAUGAAAGAGCAACAGGGAAUGAAACUCAGCCAUUAUUGUUCUGUUUUGGAAAUGAAAUUGCCCGAAGAAUCUUCCGAUCAUUACUACACAGAUCUCGUCGGUAUGGUAUCAACUUCUCGUAUUCUAGGAGACCACAUGUAUUUGAAACCUAGAUACCCGUUGUUUGGCGGCUGGAAGUACAAUUUCACAAUUGGGUGGACUAAUAAACUAUCCAGCUUCUUGCACAAAAGCAAAUCACCUCAAGGGUCGUACUUGCUUUCUAUCCCACUACUGAAUGGCCCAUCAGAUAUCUUAUACGACAAUGUGGCCCUCUCAGUCUUUUUACCAGAGGGCGCGCAAGUUCAAGCCAUAGAUCCACCAGUGCCUUUUGUUGACAUCAAAGUGACAACUCAAAAAUCUUACCUGGACUUGAAUUAUGGACACGUCAAGGUCACCUGCAACUUCAAGAAUUUGAUAGGCGACAUUGGUAAUGGCUCUGUUCUGGUCAAGUAUACUUAUGAUUCCAACGCAUUGUAUAGAAAGCCAUUGUCUGUUGCGCUAUACAUCUUCGUCGCUUUAAUGAGUAUUUUUCUAUUGAAAAGUAUCAACUUCAAUGUGGACAAGGCUUGA